ACUGGCCCGUUUCAGGCAAGGAAUCCAUGUUAGAAUCCUAGUAUAAAAUAUCAGAAUAUUGAUACCACUGGCAAGUUAACGUUACAGCUGGAAGCUAGUUAGCUUAGCUCGCUGGGAAACACGAGGGAACUGCUUCUCUGGGUCUGUCCAAAGCAUAAAGGCAAGAAAACCCACUUGCCAGCACCUCUAAAGCUAAUUAAUUAACAUGUCAUAUAUAGUUUGUUUCUAGUCCUUACAAAAUCCGGGGUGUAAAUGGACAAGUUGUACUUUUGUGCUGGACUAUUUCUUGGCUGGGCGCGGUAACUUCUUGGAGUGUCGUCGAGUCGACGUCCCCUUGAUUCUGCCACUGGCGACCAGCGAAGACUCCAGUUUAAUAACACUCACUUCUUGUGAAAUGCAUGUGAGCAUGAACACACUCCCAGUUCAUCUCUGGUCCUGAAUUCUUCCAGACACACCGCACAGGUUUGCUGCAAGAACAAAAACAACCGCAAGGAAAAUGUCACAGCUGAGCACAUGGGCUGGGUGUGCAGGAAAUAAGUCACCAAAGACGACAUCUAAAAUAGGAAGAGAUCACAGAGCCUGUGGCCGUGUAAGGUUAGUCUCUUGCUUCCUCCUUUGUACCUAUUCACACAUUACCGGAACAUUGCAAAGCUGAGAUAAUUAAUCGCUUCUUUUGACAAUAUUGACAAUGCAAGAUACUCUGUUGCGAGUGUUUGUGGUGGCUCUGAGUCUCCUAACGUAUCCGAGGGAUGACCCCGGGGUUGAGGAAUGGGACGAUAUCACCACAGCAGGCAUACAAAAGCAUGAAGAGAGGCUGCUGAGAGGAGAGGAACUGGGUGACGAAAUGGCACCUGUCAGUGAGGAAAUGACACAUACUGACAGUAGAGUGCCUCGUCAGGAUGACUUAAGAAAUAUUCAGUCUGAGAAACACGUUACUGAAAAAGAUCAAACGUCAGUCUUAGAAGAUAUUACUGUCACCAAACAUGAUUCUGAGGAAGACGCUACUGGUCACAACUCACCAGAAGCAGAUUUGGAUCCAAGUCAGCCACAAGACUCUAAACGUGAACCUGACGCUGCACUGAAGACUUCACAAAUUGACCAUGAGCAAAAUGGAAAUCUACAGCUGGACAAGAAGAGUAAACAGGGAGAAGACAUCCAGACUGAUGGCUCUUUUACAGACCAAAGCAGACCACAAGGGCAACAAGAAAAGCCUGAGGAUAAGGGAGUGUUCAGCUCCAAAGAACAAGAAUCCCCUCGAUCACACCUUCACACCAUGACAUCAGAAAAUGAAACUUCAGAGGCCAUCGCUGACUGGGAGGGGGACUACCUCUGGUAUAUAUGGAACACCAUCUCUGUCAUUUCCAUGAUCCGCUUCUUUAGGAAAUACCUAGGGAACAUUUCACAAAUGAAACAAGCCAGGGCCUUCCCAGUGACCUGCACUGCUGCUGAAAUACCACUACCAGACAGCAAAACUCUGCAGCAAUUUCAUUCUAAAUGUAUUCAAGUCUCAUCCGAAAAUAAGUGGAAGGAGUUUUUGGAGGGGUUUGCAAAGGAUCUGUUGGAGGCCAUGAGGACUGUCUGUGAUGGAAAUAGCGGUAUGGUUAUUGAGGACUUUCAAAUAGUGGAUGUGUGCAAUAUCAUCGUCCCUUUUACCCCACCUGAUCCCUAUAGUUUCCAGUGUCUGCUCUGGAACAAUCAGGCAAAUGACACGCUGCCAGAUAUGCAAGUCUGUGGUCGAAUCCAACUGAUGAAAAAUAAAAUCCAAAAUGACUGCCCCUGCCAGUCUUCUAAUUCAGAUGAUAUGGUGUGCUUGCUGCAUUGUGAGACUGAGCAAGUAAAGAUGAAAAUGACUGAAGUUUGUGCCAGCCUUCUUUGCAUGAAGAACUCCCACUUCCUGUCAAAAUCACAGGUUACUAGAUGGUUUCAGAACACUAUCAAACAAGCGUGGGGACAGAUUUCACAUAAGUAUGAGUUUGAGCUGAAAGUUCGCUACAUUGGUGCUCCGGGAUCUCUGAUAGUUCGAUUCAGAUCAGGGAAGAAGAUCUGCUUCAGUAUGAAUCCUGUGGUUAAAGUCAAUGCCGAUGCUCAUUUAUUCAUUAAUCCUCACUCUCCAAACUUUGAUAUUUCCUGGACACUCUCCUUGACUGGCUAUGAAGAUAAUUUCUUAGAAAACAUCUCUAAACUCCUGCCUGCAAACUCAUGUCACAGUCAAACUCUUGAAAUUGCACAUUUCCUUCACAGGAGACAGACUGCACUGUCAGGAAGUAGUGCUCUGGAAGAUUUGCAUUUCAAAAUUGCACUAAUGCACCUGCUUUUGACCAAAGACCCAUUGCAGUGGGAACCCAGUAAUGUGGCUUGUAGGCUUCGAGACUUAUUGGCCUUCAUGGAGAGGAGCCUCAAGACAAAGCUGCUGCACCAUGUGCUUAUUGGGAACCCUUUAAGCCAGAGAGUUAUUAAACUUCCUGCUGAGUUUACUCAUGCAAAUACUGUGAAUCUCUUCCAUCCCCUUGUGGUACACAACUGCAUCUACAGAAAUGCAGUGAUGCAUUUCCAGGAAAUGCUUAGUAAUGCACACAUGCUGAUACAGGAGUAUGUUGCAGUGUAUGACUGUGGCAAUUGUUAGAUUAAAAAAAAAAAAAAGUCAAACAUUAGGUACCAGAGAAUCCAUUUUAUUUUAAAAUUUCACAGAUUUCCUUUGGUCCUCCCCCCAGUACUUUAGGAAGUCCGCAUGCACGGCCUUUCUAGAGUCAGCCAAACUGGAGUCUGCUGAGGAUUUCAUCCGAGGGUGAAAUUUGCCAUUGUUGCUCAAGUUGAUCUUCCAAGCGUGACUUGAGAUCACAUUCCUAGAAGCUGUUGAAACAAAUUCUUGCUUUAAAAAGUAAAAUUUUAUAGUUUGCCUUGUAAAUAAGGGAUAUGCAAUAAUCUAUUUACUGUACAUAAAAUGCUUUAUGAAUGGAUAUUUAAGGAUCAUGUGUCAAGUCAUAUUUUAGACUGCCAGGUUUGGCCAAGCUUAUACAGUCAUGUGUAAACUUACAUUUAGGCUUUGCUGAGGGGCAGGUUGAGUCACAGCAGGUGCACACAGAGUCACUGCCAUACAGCUCCUUCCAUCUGAAGCAAAAACCCAAAA